AGUACCGGAUCCUCUUGGCCGUACUCAGCCGGAAGUGGCUGGGGAGGUGGUGGGGCAGAGUUUGGCCUGCGGAAUCGGCUACGGCAGUUGGCAGCGAGUUGGUGAGACCGGCAUGGAGGCUGUGGAGACCACCACGGCGGCAGGGGCACGCGAUGGGGGCUGCUUUGAGCCCAGACCUGGGCACUGGGGGGAGCUGAGCCAAACACUGGUCCCAUCCAGACCCCAGGACAAGGUGGAAACAACUAAGGAAGACUCAGAGGCCCUGGAGGGUGGAACCCCCCAAAGUGAGGAUGCAGCAGUCAGUGCCAUGCUACAUGCUGUGGCUGGCCGCCCCCCCUCUAGCCAGCAGCAGGGUGAGCCUGACUUGACAGAACGAGAGAAGGUGGCCAUCCUGAGCCAGCUGUACCACGAGAAGCCGCUGGUGUUCUUGGAGCGCUUCCGCACAGGUCUCCGAGAAGAGCACCUGGCCUGCUUCAGCCACCUGCGUGGUGACCACCGUGCCGACUUCUACUGCGCUGAGGUGGCCCGACGGGGCACUGCUCGGCCCCGCACCCUGCGCACCCAUCUGCGUAACCGGCGCUAUGCUGCCUUGAGAGAGCUCAUCCAAGGGGGCGAGUACUUCAGUGAUGAGCAGAUGCGGUUCCGGGCCCCACUGCUGUAUGAACAGUACAUUGGGCAGUACCUGACCCAGGAAGAGCUCAGCGCCCGUGCCCCAACCCACCAGUCCCCCAAGCCCGGUUCCCCCGGAUCACCCGCCUGUCCACUCUCUGACCUGCUGCUUCAGUCCUACCAGGAGCGGGAGCUACAGCAGCGCCUGCUCCAGCAGCAGGAGGAAGAGGAGGCCUGCCUGGAAGAGGAGGAAGAAGAAGAGGACAGUGACAAGGAAGACCAGAAGUCAGGCAGCGAUUCGGAGGCCUGGAUCCCUGACUCAGAAGAGAGGCUGAUCCUGCGGGAAGAGUUCACCAGCCGGAUGCACCAGCGCUUCCUGGAUGGCAAGGACGGGGACUUUGACUACAGCACAGUGGACGAUAAUCCUGACUUUGACAACCUGGACAUCGUGGCACGGGAUGAGGAGGAGAGGUACUUCGACGAGGAGGAGCCUGAGGAUGCGCCCAGCAUGGAGCUGGAUGGGGACUGAGGCCGCCCCUCCCCACCUCCCUCUGCUCUAACAAGACAGUGACUCCA